AUGUACAUCAAGUCGAUUGUUCUUGAAGGGUUUAAAUCCUAUGCUCAGAGGACAGAAAUUUGUGACUUUGACCCAUUAUUCAAUGCCAUUACUGGCUUGAAUGGUAGUGGUAAGUCCAAUAUCUUGGACUCAAUCUGUUUCCUUUUGGGAAUCUCCAAUCUGUCACAGGUGCGAGCUUCCAACUUGCAAGACUUAGUUUAUAAAAAUGGGCAAGCUGGAAUUUCUAAGGCAGUGGUGUCUAUUACCUUUGAUAAUUCUGACAAGAAGCUAAGUCCACUGGGAUUUGAAGCUAAUGAUGAGAUCACCAUCACUAGGCAG